AUGACCAUACUCGGCGUCAGCGUCCUCGCCAUGAGCACCUACUGCGGGUAUCUAUACACCUCGUACCGUCGCGAAGUCGCGCAAGCCCAGUCUAUGGCCGUCCCAGAGGACGUCUCAGACCGGUAUAACCAUACCGCGGGGACAUUCGACGCCGACGUCGAGAUGUCUGAGAAACUAAUGCGCUUGGGUGCGAAACGCCGCGAGCUUGUACAGCGGGCGAGAGGGGAUGUGCUGGAGGUUAGUUGUGGGACGGGCAGGAAUCUGGAGUACUACGAGCUGGGUGAGAAGAGGACGGUGGACGAGAAGGGUCGGGCCGGGGUGCGAGGGUGCCGGUCUGUUACGUUUGUGGACUUGAGUCCGGAGAUGGUUGCGAUUACGAGGAACAAGUUUGAGAGGCUGCAUCCUGGGUUUGCUGGGACGGGGAGGGUUGAGUUUCGGGCGCAGGACGCGAGGGACGUCCCUCCCCCUCGACCGCAUGCCCAGGGGCAAGCGGCAGCGCACGGUGGGUAUUAUGACACUAUUGUGCAAACUAUGGGAGUGUGCUCGAUGCCGGACCCUGCGGGGGCCUUGAAGCAUUUGGGGACGAUUACGGAACCGCAGCAGGGCCGCAUAUUGCUGAUAGAGCAUGGUCGAUCCCAUUACGACUGGCUCAAUCGCGUAUUGGAUAACCUGGCCCCUGCGCAUGCGGACCGGCAUGGGUGCUGGUGGAACCGGGAUAUCGGGCAGAUUAUUCAAGACAGUGGGUUGGAGGUUGUUGAGGAGCAGCGUUGGCAUUUUGGAACGACGUGGAGAUAUGUUUUGCGGCCAAGACGCCAGUAG